AUGCCGACAGCGAUCUUUGCGAAGGUGAUUGAAAGCAUUGAACUGAAUCAGAGCGAAGCCAGACAACUUUUGUAUCAACAUAGCGAGACCUGUCACUUGCUUAGCAACAGCGUAAGGAAGAAAUUCACGAUUCUCCGAGAAGUUUUGAAUGCCAGAGAAAGGGAAAUUCUUGAAGAUGUAUCCAAAUCUAAAGAACAGGGUCAAAACGAUCUGGAGAAGUACGUGGAAGAAAUGCAAGAGAAAAAUUCAGAACUGCAAAAACUCUUUGACAAUGCCUCGGAGUUGAGAAAUUUGGGGGACAUUGAUGAGAUACCUCAUGUUCAAAAAAAUCUCUCUAUCUCCAUCGACUCGGAAAUGGAAUCCAUAAGAAGAAUCCACUUGGUCUCUACCGCUGGCGAGAUUUCGAAGUGGGAGCGGGUGAAGUUGAAAUUGGUUUCUGCAGAGAAUUCCCGCAAGCAGGAGGAAAUAAAGUUAGCGAACAAGAGAGCACAGCAAGCUGAGGAAUACUGCGAAGCUACUUUGGCUGACCUACAGCGACUGAAAAUUCAGUAUGACAAGGAAGUUUCGCGAGCAGGAGAGUUGUCAAAAGACAUUGAGGAUCUGACGCGGACCAAACUCAAGUUGUUGGAAGAGAAGUACCAGAACGAUAUCAAAUCGCUCAAGUGGGAAAGAGACGAAGCGCAAUCCCGCCUUGCUGAGGUCAGCGCCAAGAAUAAGCAUCUGAUGAAGAGCCUGUCGGUUGAAACCUCCAGGACGGACAACGCCAUUCAUCGAUGGUCUAAGGAUGUCGAGUCGAUGGUUCAGACCAUCAAGAAUUUCGAGACUCUGUUGAAUGAUGUACAUGGACCUGUUGAGGCAUUUGGGAAAAUCUCAAGUGAGAUUCGAGAAAGGAUGGGCGAAGAGAUCCAGCAGGGCUUCGAUCGCAACCUUGAGGUGAAUGCAGCUGAAGGAGAAGUUGAGAAAUGCAAUCACAAGCUCCUCGCCUCCAUCGGUGAUCCUUAG